CAUACCUAACAAUUGGUGGGUAUAUAGCCCGCAUGUUUGACCAGCGUCAGUCAAUAAUCAAUAUAGUAUAACCAUGCCACUUUGUUUUGUAAAUUUUUAAUAAUAUAUUUGGAUAAAAAUAUACAUUGUAGGUCUUGUAGUGUCCAGAAACACAAACACUUAGAGUGGAAAAGAGCUAUUGGUUGAAAGGAAGAGGAACACUACUUUACAAGGUAAAAUAGCGACUAAAAUAUGAACAGAUUGAUCGCAAAAAUUCGCGAUUACCCAUAUAAUUUACGUUUUCGUAGCCCCUUUGCAUUGUGGUUUAUAGUGAUAUCACUGAUAAAGAUAGCGGCCUCGAAUGAAAAUAUUUGCGGAUAUUUUGCUGUUGGCUAUCGCGCACGGCGCACCAGACCCUAGCUUUUUUAAAAAGUUCUUUCACGCAUCAGGACAAAAAAAAUAAGCCAUCUUGAAUAUCAGUGAUACCACUAUAACCACAAUGCAAAGCACUAUGAAAACGUAAUAAGGGGAAUCACGAAUUGACAUAAUCAGGUCACUUUGGUCGAAUCCUCCAUAAUUUGAAUGCCGUGGUUUAAAUAUAGGGCUGCAAAUUACUGUCGGACAUCGGACAACAUCCGACUAAUGCACCUAUCAAUAUUAAUCCUGGGGGGUAAGGGUGCGGGCAAUGGGUGGGGAUUUGAUAAUGAAUUCCAUCCCCACAGACAGGCAUUUGACAAAGAUUUUUUGCCUGGGUGCGGGCGAUUUGCCAUUCAACAUAAUUCAAUAUGCGAUUUCAGUACGAAACCUGGAGCCUAGAAUCAAGAAAACCGGAAGUCCGGAAACUUAUUAUCUUUUAUUUCCUCAUCCGCUUCUGUCUUCUGGCCUUUUGGAAUUUGAAUACAGUACACAGUCUGGAUUCUGGAGAUAAAAUUUACAAUGCCCAGACGUUUUUUGUGGCUCUUUAUAUUAGUAAAUGUUUAAAUAUUUUGCCUCGAUCUAUCCCUUGGGUGCAUCUGUUUUGAAACAUUUGACUAUCUUAGAAUAUAAAUAAAAUUGUUAUACAUUCAAACUUUAUUCUUCUGUAUGGUUGGUCAAAAUUCCCAGGAUAAUUCUCAUUAGUAUUUUUGCACAAGUGAACAUAACAAAUCCGACAACCUGAUUGGUCAAAUUUGACAUAUUAAGCUGUUACAGGUGAAUGUAACAAAACUGAAAUUUUCAAAAUGGCAGCUAGCCAUUUUGUGGACGUUUACUAAUAAAGAAAUAAGCGAAAUUAAAAUAAAUUCAGUACCAAAUAACACAAAAGACUUGUGUAAAAGUACUAAAACAAUUAUUCACCUCAGGCUCAGUGAUUAUAGGGGAAUAUUCACCUCCACUUCGUCUCGGCGAUUAUUGCCCGAUAAUCACCUCACCUUCGGUGAAUAAUUGUUAAAUAUCUGGUAGCUGACACACUAUUUCCACUGCAGACAUGAUCAGUGAGCUAUCUUUUUUGGACACACUGUUGCUUUGGUGGUGCAAUCAUCAGAGUACCUUUCACCUCUGAGAAUUGUGCGUUCGAUUCUUGCUGCGGACUUGUGACACUUAUGUCAAAAGAGACAGUGAAUGCUCAACAAAAGUCACAGGUUUUCUAGACACUGUCAUGCCCAAAAAUCCCAAUAUUUAUGUAUCUACCUUUCCAAGAUAUCACCUUAGUUAUAUGUACAUGAACUUGCAGUAUGUUAGAGCUCGACAACUGGACUCUGUAGAUUUGCUGGUUAGAGUGCUGCGCCAGAAUCGCAGGGUCACAGAUUUGAUUUCUGCCAGAGGGCCGAAGGUCUAGUAAAUAAAAUUUACACUCAAAAUUUCCAAUUAGAAAAUCAUUCAAUGUUAGUUCAACACAUCUUUGCAUGUCAAAUUUUAUGGCAUCUCGGGCUACACUUUGGCACCUGGAAGUCUUUUGUGCCAUCUGGCAUCUUGUUUAUUUUCAUGUCAGAUUUUUGUGAAGUACUGCCAUGUUAAAGCAUAUAGUUUUGUGGAUGACCCGUUUUUGUAUCCUGCACUGUCAAGAAUGCAAAGUAAACAAAUGUUUGUAGAACUCAACAUAUUAACGCAGUUUAUCUCAUCAAAUUCCAUUCAAAUCUCGUUCUAAUGUUAGAAAAAAGUAAAAAACCAGUGGAACAUCCAGAAAACAAAAACUUUGAUGAUAUUUUAAUAUUUCUGUUUGAAUACCACCAUAACACGAUUUUGACAAACAAAAACCGCCUCACCCUAUUCUUUGUACACUAUAGUUAGGAAAUCAAGAGGAUCAGACAAAAUUAUGAGGGCUGCUGCCUUAGUUCAUCCUACCCCUUGAUUCCCCUUCAAUGUAGUUUUGAAUUUAGAGUUUCCUUAAUAUUGCAAGAGUUACAUUGUGAGCAAUUAUGUGAUUUUCGUUGGGCAUAGUCGUACUUGACGCAGCCAGGUUGCUAGUAAGUGCUGUCCUUCAAAUUCCUCCGUGUCAAACUACUACAGUAUUUUCUAAUCAUCUUUCUUCAACCGCAUAGUUAAACCCUGGAACAGAGUGUGUAAGGACACUUUCUCCAGUCCCAUUACUUUUACAACCUUUCAUAAGCGUAACUAUAAUCUCAUCUUCUUCAGACAGUCUAUGAUGAUGAUUUGUCAUGUAUGUGGUCCUGUUUGUAUGUCUAUGUAUAAUGUUUUAGUAUACAUGAGUAUAUUGUAGUAAUAUCUUGGCAGGUGCAUUGCAUGGGUCCUUUUUCAAGAGUCCCAUUUGUACCUUGCCUUUUUAGUGUCAAGUUUCUUCGAAACUUGACAAGUAUUGUGAUGAGUGGGGGAAAAUUCAUAUGAGUCAGGGAUCAGGCAUAAUAGUGUAAACUUUCCGGGGGGUGUAUACGAUAUAUGUUCGUAGUGAUUUAUUGUACUUAGUCAGUGCUUUGAAGGUUAUUUAGGCAAUUUCAGUUGCCUUAUUUAAAUAUUCUUUUGUCCUUUUGCCAAGUUCACAAAAAGUUUGAGGAGUGGUUGUCGUUAUUGUAAUUUUUUUGUAAAUUUUAUAACAUUCGCUUCUCAUGUUGUGUAAAAGAUCUUUACCCCGGAACACUCGAUUUUUUCUUUAGCAGCGCAAAUGCGCAUGCGCUAUCAAACCGUAGAUGACCUACGAUGACGUGACGACGCUAGGAAGGAGCGACACAGUGUUGUUUUCAAAUGUAUACACAUUUCAGAUAUGGAUGUGAAUAUUGAGUAAAUCUUUGAGAGUCUACGCAAUAUAUAAAUUGAUGUUAUUCAUUACGGGCAUUCAGUCAAGUACCGAUAUUACUUAGACGGUAUAUUCAUUAUACAGAGCUAAGAACUAAGGAGCUAGAUAGUGCUUUUUUCCAAAUGUAUAUAAAACAUUUCAGACCUAAUUAUAAAUAUUGAGAAAAUCUUCGAAGUGCCGAUAUUAUUUUGACGGUAUAUUCAUUAUACAGAGCUAGGAAGGAGCGAGACAGCGUUGUUUUCAGACCGAUGAAUAUUGAUAAAAUCUUUGAGAUGCUACGUAAUCUAUAAAUUGAUGUUGUGCAUUUAUACCGGACGGCAUUCAAUUUAUAAGUGCCGAUAUUAUUUAGUCGUAUAUUCAUUAUACAUCGAAUGUAAAGGUGUAACACUGCUACACCACAGAAUAGGUCACUCAGUACGAAGAGCAAAACAUUGCAUCAGAUCAGUAGAGCAUAAAUAACUAUCAAACAGAAGUAGUGUUUGUAUAUCAUUGUAUGGCGUUUGCUAUCCAACGUGUACAGUCACGGGCCUUGUUCACAUGUCUGGCACAACGGUGCAAACUGGUGUUCAAUGGCACAAUGCAACAUUCAAAUGCAACGAGAACAUCACCAGAUCUUACGAGAAUCUAUCUGUAUCAAAGCUUUAUCAAAACUGCUAUAAACUCUGCUGUAACUGUGAAAUUAUUGACAUCUAAAGAGACAUUAUUGAAUACUUGCGGAAAGCUGAAAAUGACUCGUAUAAAAAAAACAACCUGAUCUUGGCCUUGGGAAUAUAAAGUCAAAGGUCAUUGAGACUUGUUAUUGAGAAACAUGUCACAAUUAAGUUAAAAUGCGGAAAGCGGAUGCGGAACCUAGCGGAUCCAUGGAGCGGGUGCGGAACGGAUAUAGGGAUAAAAUGCGUCAUUUAAAUGAAUUUUUUCGCCUCAUUUUUAUGUGUUUGUGUUUUGGAUUUAUGUUUUUGUAAUGGGAUGCAACGUCAUAUUAACUACAGUGUGUCCCCAAAAAAGUACCCUUAUAACAAUAGGAUAGAUACUUUCUAUAGAGGGUACUUUUUUGGGGCACACUGUAGUUAUACAGCUAUUUCAAUUGUGUCACUGAGACAAUAGUUAAAUGUGCAAUAUGUGCGCUGAUAGUUUUAAAUAAGUUUAGUAUAUCAGUAGCCUCAUGGGGAUACUUUCAGCGACAGCUCCCAAUGCAAUUGUAGUUUUAGAAUAUACAAAAUUUGGUUGCUGGUGAAAGAAUUUAAAUUUCGAGUUGUCUCGUGUAGCAUCAAAAUAAAUAAAUAAAUUGUACCAGUUCCACGAGGCACGGUGAAGGAAGUGACAAUGAAUUGUUUCUCUCGUAAAAACCUUGUUCUAAUCCACAUUUUUGAGUAACGUGCAGGGUUGGUAUGUUAGAUGAAGAAUUAGGCCAAAUCGUAUUAGUGCCGUUAUUGAAAACAAAUAAAACAAAAAAAACAAAACACGCUAAGACAAAAAAAAAACAAAGGCCUAACGUAACGUUGUGAAAUCUAUUAACCCGUUAGACCUUACGCAGUUCUUCCCGAUCUUAUUCAAUUUGAAACUUUACACUAUCCUUGGAUCCCUAGUUUGAUCUUCAAGUUAUUAAUUCUUAUGUGACUGUAUUGAUAAUAUAAUGUAUGUAUUAUUGAUCCAAAUAAAAUUUGUGAAAUUGUCUUCCAGAUUUGAAGAACCCUAUUCUAACUUUACAGGUCUUGCCUGGGUGUUCUGCGCCGUAUUGACCUUUCCCAUCGUUCUCACAUACCCAAGUCUCGCGACAUGGCUAGUGAAGAUUCCUCAAUUCCAAAUAAGAAGGUUGCAAACGAGAAAGAAGUUAUUGCAAAGGAGGAAAACAUGAUUGCAAUAACCAAGGAGCAAAUUGCAAUGGAAGAAGAAAGAAUUGCGACAGAAAAAGAGAAAAUUGCAAAGGAGAGCGAGAUGACUGAAAGACAAGAAUUGGAGAUUGCCAAAGAAAAAGGGAGAAUUGCUGAAGAAGAAAAUAAAAUUGCAAAACAAAAGAAGAAAAUUGCAAAAGAGAGGAAAAGAAUUGCAAUGGAGCAAGAGAAGAUAGCAAAACUGAAAGAAACAUUUGAAAAAAGAAACGAGAAUAUAACCGAGGAGAAAGAAAAAAAUGCAGGAGGCGAAGGUGAGUUUGCGAAAGAGAAACAAACAGUUGGAAACGAAGACGAGCAUGUUACAAACAAGUAUGAAGAAGUUGCAAUGCCAAUGGAAAAAGACAAGGCUGCCGAAGAGAGCAAAAAUAUAUCCUGUGGUCGAAGGCCUUAUAAAUGCGAUGUGUGCAAAAAAUCAUAUUCCAAAUCGCAACACUUGAACCGCCAUUUGCUAACACAUUCGAAAGACAAGCCAUUCAGGUGUGAAACUUGCUCUGGAACAUUUUACACAGACUAUGACUUAAAAAAACACGAAAUAAUACAUAGUGAAGAAAGAAAUUACAGAUGCAAUGUUUGUGAUAAAACAUUUAAACUGCCUAGAAACCUUCUCUGCCAUAGCAGAACACAUACUGGAUUUAAACCCCACCAGUGCGAUAUCUGUGAGCUGGCUUUCUCAGAUGCCCGAAGCUUGGUAGCUCAUCAGUGGAAACAUUCUGGGGGAGUUCCUUAUAAAUGUGAUGUUUGUGAGAAGUCCUUUUACUGGAAACGCAGCCUAGUGGACCACAAAAGAAUACAUACGGGGGAAAGACCUUACGAAUGCACCACAUGUAGCAAGACAUUUAUUCGAUCUGGUGAUCUGAUAUCCCAUAUAGUAUCACACACGGGAGAGAGAAAGUUUCAUUGCGACGAGUGCGGGAGGUCGUUUAUGCGUUCGCAUCAUUUAACACGUCACAAGAAAUCGCACUCGGGAGAACGACCGUUCAAAUGUGAAGAAUGUGAAAAGGCGUUUUUCCAAUCCUGGGAAUUAAAAAAACACAUCCAGACACACAGCGUCAGUAAACCAGUUAAAAUUAGCACGAAGGUAUUUCAAAAAUCAUCACGUCGUAAAGCGAAAACCAAUGAAACGCAUAUUUUUAGGUGCGAUGCAUGUGAAGAGUCAUUUGCUUCAUCCUCCAUUCUAUUUGCUCACAAAAUGACGCACGAAGAACAGAAAGAUUUUGAAUCUUCUAAAUGUACAGUUGAAUCGUCUGCUGGUGACAUUAGUGUUGACUAGAAAACAUUAAUAAUAAUUAGCUAAACUGUAUGAAGUUUGACUAAUAAUGAGAUGGAGUAAUCAAAUUUGGAGACGUUUCAAGUAUGCAGGUGCACAUAUAUAUACAUAAACAUAAACGUUUUAAAAAUCCAUUUUAGUAAAACAUAAACUUUUAACUAAAAUGGAUUUUUAAAACAAGAAUUUAAUUUAGCAUUUAGAAUUCUUCCACCUUUGUAAUCCCAGUGGUAAUUAAAGUAUAACCAGCUUGCUCAUAUCAGUCAUAUGUAUUAAUUACAGAUCAAGACAUCAAUAUAAGUAUUGAAAUGAUUAUGUCCAGUUAUAUGGUAUUUAAAAUCUCUUUAUUUCAGGAUUAUUUUACUAAUAAAGCACUAAGCAUACUUUUUAAGUUGCUUUGCCGAUAG